UCUACAUUGUCAAUUUUUUUUUUGUUUUUUUUGAUGUCAUCAACACUGUCAAGUUGGUGAUACUAAUAUCCAAUAGAAAGACAAGAUUUACAUUAAAAAUAGUAGCUGUCUUAAUCUUAAAAUCCACACCCAAAAAAAAAAAAAUCUGAAAUUCCUUAUUUCAAAAUAUUGACCGUUUGUACAGCUUUCCUUUCAGGUACUUCUCGUAUCUCCACGUCCUAGAUCAAUGCAACUGUAACAACAACGAAAAAAAAAAACCAAGACCAUGCCAUUUUUUUUCUCCUUGUCAUAUUAUAUGAUUAUUUUUUGGCCUUUUUUUUUAUUUUUUAUUUUUAAUUCUUGCUUCUCAUGCUUCAAUAGUAAGAACCCUUUAUUUAUUUUUGUUUUUUUUUUGGUUCCUUUGAAUUCUAGUUUCAUUUUUUAAAUACAAAAAUUUUAAAAAUAUUUCGGGGAAAAGUUGUUGCUUGAACAUUUGAAAUAACUUGGCCGUGCAUAAAGUUCGUUUUUUUUUUUUUUUGUUUUUGUUUUUUGAAGUUGUUCAAUGGGCACUAGUUUAAUAUCAUUUUUGAACAUUUUACCUCCCAAAGAAACAAUUUUGAACAUUUUAAUUCAAAUGGGGUAGUUCUGUAGAGGUUUUUUACUUCUGAAAUUCCUGAACUUUUCUGGGUUUUGAAAUCUGUUGGGUUUUCUUAGAACUUGGUCUUGUUUGGUACUGAGGUAAUUACAGUUAUACUUCUUGAUAGCUUUGAUAUUUUCUUUAGUUUUUUUAUCUGAUGGGUUUUUGAAAUUGGAAUUGGGUUUUGUUUCAGUAGCAAAGUUUGAAUUUUAGGAUAAAAAGAUAUUCAUAAAAUUUGGUUUCUGACUUUAGGAGUAAGUUUGAUUGUCUUUGUUUUGAUUAAAUAUGGCAAGCUUCUGGGAAUUUCUUUGUGAAAUUUAGGUGUUGGACGGUUUUUCUAUUCAGUUGCCAAAUGGUCCACUUUUGGAGUUUCUGUAUUUGAAUUAUAGAGUUUCAGUGGCAUUUUCUUAGAUAUUAGCAUUUUGGGGUGUGAGUUGUUUUAUUAGAUCUGAGGGAUGGAGGCAAUGAAAGAUUAGGAAAGUUACAUUGGGAAUUGGGUUUUGCUUCAAGUCACAAGACCAAAGUUUUAUCACAUAUAAUUCAACUCUUAUAGUGAACUUUGUGCUUCUUUUCAUUCAUUAGUCUUAGUGUUCUUUGUGUUUGGAGAGUUUCAAUUUUAGCUUAGAAGUCCAGAGGAGUGUUCAAAUUAUAGUAGGAGAGGGAAAAAUUUUGCAAUUUUGGCUGUGUUUCAAGAUGUGGCAUUCGGCAGCAGUAUGGGAUUAUAGGGCAGCAACUGAAAUCACAAAGGACUGGAAUGGGAUUAAUCAGUUCUUGCUUCGGAACCCACAAGGCGCUUCAGCACGGGUUAGCUUACAUGGAGGACAGGUAACUUCUUGGAGGAAUGAGCAUGGAGAAGAACUCCUAUUCACUAGUAGUAAGGCCAUUUUCAAGCCCCCGAAAGCAAUGCGGGGAGGAAUACCCAUUUGUUUCCCACAGUUUGGAAACUGCGGAUCACUAGAACAGCAUGGAUUUGCAAGGAACAAGAUUUGGACAGUUGAUGAUAAUCCUCCACCUUUGCACCCAAAUGAUUCCCAUGGGAAAUCCUUCAUUGACUUACUCCUUAAACCAUCCGAAGAAGACCAAAAGGGCUGGCCCCACAGCUUUGAGUUUCGUCUUAGGGUCUCUCUUACAACAGAUGGAGAUCUGAUACUGAUAUCACGAGUUAGGAACAUCAAUGGCAAGCCUUUUACUUUCUCAUUUGCCUAUCACACAUACUUGUCAGUUUCUGACAUAAGUGAAGUAAGAAUAGAAGGUUUGGAGACUCUUGAUUACCUAGACAAUCUUUGCCAAAGAGAACGUUUUACGGAACAAGGAGAUGCCAUAACUUUUGAAUCUGAGAUGGAUCGAGUUUAUCUUAGUUCUCCUAAUGUGAUUGCAGUCCUUGAUCAUGAAAAAAAGCGGACAUAUGUUAUAAGAAAGGAAGGGCUACCAGAUGCUGUGGUCUGGAAUCCAUGGGAUAAGAAAUCAAAAUCAAUGGUAGAUUUGGGUGAUGAGGAGUACAAACAGAUGCUUUGUGUUGAUGGAGCAGCAAUUGAGAAACCUAUCACUUUGAAGCCAGGCGAGGAAUGGACUGGGCGAUUGCAGCUCUCAGUUGAGCCUUCGAGUUUCUGCAGCGAGCACCUCAAUCUUUAGGAGAGGUCCUUUGAGGAAUGAUACAAAAUUUCAAGAGCACAAUGUGGUUCUUUUGUUCUUUUUCUGUCCUUAUAGGAAACCAUAGUUAAAUCUUAUGUAAUAGCUCUCUACUCUUUUUUGAUAAAGAGGGCGUUUGGAUUGCACUGAAAGUGGCUGAAUGCCUUGCUGCGUUUUCCA